AUGUUUGAUAAUAUAGAAAUUGCUGAAAAUGACCCGGUUUUCUGUGUUUUCGAAAACUUCAAAGCCGAUCAAAAUCCACGAAAAAUCAAUUUAAGUGUUGGAGCAUAUCGAGAUGAAUUUGUGAGUUCCCCCAAAGUUUUUAACGCUGAAAAUCAUUAAUUUUCAGGAGAACCCAGUGAUUUUCAAAGCGGUAAAGCUUGCUGAAAAACUAAUUUCAGAAAAUAAAGAAUACACGCAGAUUACCGGUAUUUCGCAAUUCAAUAAUCUAGCUGCCGAACUAAUUUUCGGCCAGAAGAAUAUCAACACAAAUCACUUUUUCACUUGUCAAACAGUUUCUGGAGCUGGUGCUUUAUUUCUAGGCGCGCAGUUCUUGGCGAAGUUCUUGCCACACAAAAUAAUCUACUAUUCGCAGCCGACUUGGGUCAAUCAUCAUUUUAUUUUUGAACAAGCCGGCUUGGAAAUGAGAUCUUAUCGGUAUUAUGAUGAGAAGACUCGGGGAAUUGAUGAGGAUGGGUUUUUGGAGGAUGUUAGAGGUGGGGAAAGGGAUCUAGAUAGCAGAACUACUAAGCCUAAGCUUUGUUUAAGCGAUGCCGGAAGGUUCGGCGAUUCUCCUCCAAGUUUGUGGACACAACCCUACUGGCCUUGAUCCCUCCGAAGAACUUUGGACGAAAAUCUUUGAACAUCUCAAAGCCCUGCCGUUUUUCGAUAUGGCUUAUCAUGGUUUCGCCAGUGGAGACAUCGAAAAAGACACAUUUCCUAUCAGACAAUUUGUGGGGACAACUCGAAAAGACGCGUUGGUCGCGCAAUCCAGGCCUGUGCCGGAAAUUUUCCGAAUUUUCCGAAUUUCCGGAUUUUCCGGUUUUUUCACGGAAAAAUCAAUUUUCCGGUUUUCCGGAAAAUGUGCUCGGAAAAUCCGGAAAUGAUCUCUAGUAGUAAUAUUUUCAAAAUUGCCUAAAUUUUGGAAAAUUUUCUCAGUUUAUGAUAGAAAAAAUGAAAUUUUUGGAAAUUUUUUUUUUCAAUUUUUCAAAUGUUAUUAUUUUUUGAACGUAAGACGUCUCAAAUAGUUACUAAAUUACCUGUGAAUAGAAGAAUUGUAGAUAAAAAUAAGUUUUAGAGCCAACGUAAGGCUGGAAAUCGAAAUUUCAGACUUUGAAAAAUUUUCCGGAUUUUCCGGAUUUCCGGUUCAAAAAUCCGGAAAUUUUCCGACUUUCCGUUUUCCGGGUUUUGAUUUUCCGGCACAGGCCUGGCGCAAUCAUUCGCCAAAAAUAUGGGAUUAUAUGCGGAGAGAGUUGGAACGCUUUCAGUGAUUUCAGCGGCGGGGAAUGCGAAGGCUGCUGGCUCACAGAUUCGACAAUUGGUUUCAGCGACCUAUUUGAAUCCACCUUGUCAUGGCGCGAAAAUUGUGAAGACUAUUUUAGGAGACUGUGAUUUAAAGGUAUAUGAGGGCUGGACUCAAAGUCCAAAUCCAAAUCCAAAUUUCCAGAAAAUCUGGCUUGACGAACUUCACGAUAUGUCAAAUCGCAUCAAGGAAAUGAGAAUAGCUUUGAAAGCGAAUCUAGAAAAAAGGGGCUCGAAAAAGUGUUGGUCACACAUUAUCAAGCAAACCGGAAUGUUCUGCUAUUCGGGUCUGAAUUUGGGACAAGUCCAAGAACUUCGCGAAAAAUACUCCAUCUACAUGCCAAAUGAUGGGCGAAUCAAUAUGUCGGGAGUGAAUCCGUGGAAUAUUGAUUUUUUGUCGAUGGCGAUUUUUGAGGUCGCCGGAUGAUCAAUGUAUACAGUGCUAUUUGAACAACCAGCCAGAAAAUUUUUAUCACAUUUUUCGAAAAUGAAUCAGCGAAAAGUACACAAAAUUGAUGUCAUAUGCAAAAACUACUAUUUAGCAUUUGGGGAAAAAAUGUCUUGUUUCUAUGGCUGCAUAAAAACACAGAAUAGCGUUUUCAGAAGUUUUAGUAAAACAGAUUCAGAACACCGUGACGUCAGUAGUGUGAACGCAUAUGGUUUCCACGUCAUAGUAAUCCACGUGUCUGCUAACGUGGUAUCCGCGUUAGGUUUAAUACGAGGCGAGCUCAGAAAAACUUGUGUUUUCAAAAUACGUCCAGUGGAUUGGUGCGUGCAAACACUGCGACGCACUUUUGCGUACAACCCGAAAAAAAAACUCCUUGGAAGAGAACGGAAAUGGCCUAGUCAGAGGCUUCUUGGGUGGUCUCGGCCAACCGGAAUAGCUGUCUACCUGCCUUUAAUUCAUACCACGCCCAGGGUGAGGCAUAUGCACGGCGCCAAUAAAAAUUUACAGAAAUUCACCUCGCCAAUUUCAGAUUUUUUCGAAAAACAGCAAAUUUUUGCUUGUUUUUCCGUUAAAAAGUGGUAUUUUUCAGUCGAAAAGGUUGUUUUCACCUUGCCAAAAAAUUUCAAAAGCCACACCGCCAAUUUUUGAAGUUAAUUUGCACGAAGCUGGGCGUGGUAUGCUUUAAUUCCUAGUUCAGCCAAAAAGUCACACAAACUUUGCCACGUCAUAACUCAUAGUAAACAGGAUCGUGACAAAUAGGUCAAAAUCUACCAAAAAAAUCUCGAUCUUUCAAACUUUGUACACACUCUGUGCUUUGCUAUUUUCCAACAUCAAAUCAUUUAUCAUCGUUUUCCUCGAAAGUAUAUGGUUCGAUAAGCCGCAAUUCCUUAUCACAUCAUUCAAUAUAAGUCUCCCCGUUUCAUUUUUCUUUUCAAUUUGUAGUCUUCGACCAAACAACACACCCGCUUCUCUGCCCCCGCUCUCUCCCCUCCCCACACUCUCUCACCCCUAUUGCGAAAUAUUAUCCAACAUUGGGUCGGUGUGUCUCAACAAUGCGAAACUCCGCCUCACAAGCCACUCACAUGAUGUUUUUUGCGCGCGUUUUUGUGCGGUUUUUCAGCGGGAUAAUUAUGAUUUUUUUGCAGAAAGGGACUUUUUCGAGGUCCCCGACCCAUUGCCGGUAAACAAAAGUUCACACUUGUUCAACGCAAAGUUUCAGCUUCACUUUUCUACAAAGGUAAGUCCUUAUAUACCAAAAAAAAAAGUUUGGGGUAACAUUGGGUAAUAUUGUGAAAUCGCAAAGUCUGAGCAAUCUUCUCUUAUACUCCCAAAUAUUCCACGUCAUAACUUUCGAAUACCAAUCAAUAAUCAUUUCAGGAAGCCCUCUAGUCUCCGUCGCGAGCUCGUUUGUCACUAGACUUCAACGAUCUACCUUCCGACUUUUUCGAAUCAACACAAUGUUCCAAUCAGCAGCUGCCUGUACCACAAUGUUCUUCCAACCACAACAACAGCAACUUCAAGAGUUCGGCCUGUGUGCCGAACUCAACCCAACUCGGGUUUUUGACGACGCCACCAUCACCGCCACUACCUCCGAUGGCUCGAUCGCCGCCUGCGGAUCCGCGCCAGUUUUUAGACCUCGACAUGUUCCUGGACUCUCCAUUCUACCAUCACCCUCACCAAGUACCAAAUCAAUCGCGUCGGUUCGAUUCGCCGAGUUGCGCGUUAAUUGUGGAUCUGGGGCAGGAGCAGGAGCAGCAACAGCAAACGGCACACGACGAGCGAGCCAUGAAUUCGUCGAACAAUAUUUUGAAUGAGCCAAACGCCGCGUUUAACAACAGUUAUUUGUAUGGUGAGUUGGAAGGAAGAUUGCUCAGAUUUAACUUGCGUACUAAAUAGAAGAGCUCAGUUCUGAAUAAGACAGUGGUGUAAUGUCUGAAAUAGGAUAUUGAAUGUGAGCGUGUAUUCCGCAGGAUUCCGCGUCAGAUUACUGUGACGUAUACCUCUUGUAGCUUACAAGCUUGUUAGCAGUCAUAUCCCAUGUCAUAGUCACAAUCCACGUGGCCGCUGAAGCGGAAGACAGUGCCGCUGACGCGGAAGCUUGCGGUCUACACUCGCUACGCUCGAGGCAUGGAAACCGGUCAUUUUGCAGCUCAAAAUUGACCGAAAAUCACGAAUUUCAGCCUUCUAGAUUUCAAAAUUGAUGAAAUUUAGGUCGAAAUUCUAAAAACACUCAUUUUCAACCUAAAAUUAAUUUCAGAUCAAUUUUUAGAGCUGGAAUUCAUCAAUUUUGAACUCUAGAAAUCUGAAAUCCAUGAAUUUCGGUCAAUUUUGAGCAGAAAAAGUGUCUAGUAUUCCACGUGGCCGCUAUUGCUCAUUUUAGGCUCGGCCGGAAGCUUCCGCUUAGCAGCCACGCAAAUUACUAUGACGUUUACCAUAUCAUAGCAAUCCACGUGGACGCUAAAGCGGAAGAUAGUGCCGCUGACGCGGAAGAUGCGCGGUCUACACUCGCUUCGCUCGAAAAAAAAGUCCUCGAGCGUAGCGAGUAUAAAUCGCAAGCUUCCGCGUCAGCGGCCACGUGGAUUACUAUGACGUUUACCAUAUCAUAGCAAUCCACGUGGCCGCUGAAGCGGAAGAUAGUGCCGCUGACGCGGAAGAUGCGCGGUCUACACUCGCUUCGCUCGAAAAAAAAGUCCUCGAGCGUAGCGAGUAUAAAUCGCAAGCUUCCGCGUCAGCGGCACUAUCUUCCGCUUUAGCGGCCACGUGGAUUACUAUGACGUUUACCAUAUCAUAGCAAUCCACGUGGCCGCUGACGCGGAAGCUUGCGGUCUACACUCGCUUCGCUCGAAAAUCAUUCUCAUCUCGUUCCAGACUUCAACACAACCUCCGAUUUCAACGACAUUGACAAUUUGAUGCAAUGCGAUAUCUCAUCGCUUGACAACUUCAUUCACCACGAUUCUUCUUCCUCACCCACAACUUCAACUUCAACUUCAACCACUCAUUCUUUAACCGAUCUCGAACCGAUCGACGAAUUCUUCCCCGAAUUGACUCAUAACAACAAAUGUAAGAGAAAGAAUUCUAGAAAUAUUUUUUAAACAAAACUAUUAUAACUUACUUCUAGAUCCCCGCAAAUCUUCCACAUCCUCAUCAACAAAUUCCACCGAAAACAUCUCCGAAUAUCGUCAAAAACGCGACAAAAACAACAUUUCGUCACAAAAAUCGCGCGCGAAACGAGAGGCAAAAGUUCGUGAAACUUAUGCCGAAAAAGAGCGACUUGAGCGAAGAAAUGGCGAUUUGAAGGCGAUGGUGAGAAGUUUGGAGGAACAAGUGGCGGAUUAUAAAAAAUAUGGUUAUGAUGUUCAUUAA